AUGGCUCGUUUCUUUGGGAGCCUCAGGGCGUUCUCCAGAGCCGUUUCCACACGCUCAGCAUGGACACGCGGAUCCCAGCGGCGUCAGAAACAGCUCAUAUCGCUGGCUGCUGCUGCAGUCGGGGGGAUAGGCCUGGGAGGUGGCUCGUACUAUCUCUACAGACAUUUCUUCAGGACUGCUACCCUAUCGUCCUGGUCGGUGGAUUGUAACGAACAGCAUGGGGUAAAAGCCGGGGAGGUGGUCCCUGGGUUGCCAGAGUACACUCUCGCCGAGAUCAAGAAGCGAUCGGGAGGGGAAGAAGGCGGAGGAAGAGUGUGGGUUACCUACGGACACGGCGUCUACGACAUUACGGACUUUCUUAGCCUCCAUCCUGGGGGGGCGGAGAAGAUCUCCCUCGCCGCGGGCUCCGCGCUGGAGCCCUACUGGGCCGUGUUUGCAAAUCACAACACAGAGGAAGUGAGAGAGAUCUUAGAGGAACUGCGUAUUGGGAACAUUGCCCCUGCGGAGAGAAACAAGGUAAUCCAGCAGGGUCCUCCCAAUUCGGGCCCCUACGCAAGCGACCCCCAACGCUCCCCCGUCCUCAAAGUCAACACGCAAACCCCCUUCAAUGCCGAAACUCCGUCGGUUCUUCUUGCGGAGAAUUUCGCAACACCCAACGAUAUUUUCUACGUGAGGAACCACCUCCCAGUCCCUAGAGUCAAUCCGGAGAGCUAUAGACUGGAGGUAAAGGGGGAGGGAGUGAAAACCCCGCUAUCUCUGAGUCUGGAAGACCUCAAGACAGAGUUUCCCCGACACACGGUCACCGCGACGAUUCAGUGUGCUGGUAAUAGACGUGUGGAGCUAAACAGAGUCAAGCCAGUGAGGGGAAUCCCCUGGACUGGUGGAGCUAUCGGUACAGCUGAGUGGUCCGGCGCUCGACUCCGCGAUGUUUUGCUUCACGCCGGAGUACGAGAGGAUAAGAUAGAGCAUGUUCAUCUGGAGGGCCUGGACAAUAAUCCCCUCACAGGUGAGCGCUAUGGAGGAUCUAUACCUGCGUCGAAAGCCUUGAGCCCAUCAGGGGACUGCUUGCUGGCUUACGAGAUGAAUGGAGUGGAUAUUCCACCGGAUCAUGGAUACCCAGUGAGAGCUAUUGUACCUGGAGUAGUAGGGGCAAGGAACGUCAAAUGGCUCGCCAGUGUUGUGGCCAGCAAAGACGAGUACAGUGGCUUCUGGCAGAAAAACGACUAUAAGGGAUUUUCUCCGUCGACUGACUGGAACAAUGUGGAUUUUUCAACCGCCCCCGCUAUACAAGAACUGCCUGUUACUUCGUUCAUUACCUCGCCAGCUGAUGAGAGUAUCCUCACAGAGUCCAGUGGGGAGACAUCGGAGGUCACUCUACGAGGGAUUGCGUGGAGCGGAGGAGGGAGAGGAGUGGUGAGGGUCGACGUCUCCGCCGAUGGAGGAAGCUCGUGGCACACUGCAGAGAUAAUUGCCGGGGCCGACCAGCCGUACAAUCGGGCGUGGGCCUGGGUGUUGUGGGAGACGAGUGUCCCCCUACCAGAGUCCAGGGAAGGGAGAGUCGAACUCGUCUGCAAGGCCGUGGACAGAUCGUACAACGUUCAACCAGAGAGCACCGGUCCCAUCUGGAACUUGAGAGGCUGCCUGUCAAAUGCCUGGCAUCGUAUUCACGUCCACAUACCCAAACAGUAG